UCCGAGUAAAUCUUCAUUUCAAACUCCCCACCAUCGAUAAAAUUUCCCUUUUGCUGGGGGUAUAAAAGAGGUCUCCUGCAAGAUAUCAAGUUCGACCAGUGACAUUUCACAUCAACAGUGGGUCAAAAUGAAAAGUUACGUUUUAGUACUCAGCAUAUUUCUUCAAGUUUUUAUUACCAAUUCACUUACUAUUCCUGAUUAUUUACCAGAAAGAUGUAAAAUAUCCGAUCCAAAAUAUAACAGGUGUCUUUUGGAAGCUGUGGAGAAAGCAAAACCUUAUUUAAUAAAAGGUGUCCCAGAAUUAAAACUUCCACCUUUAGAUCCAUUGGUUGUUGAAUACGCUCUCGUUAACAGAACUGUUGAUAACCUGGUUAAUAUUUAUGCUGUAUGUAAAAACGCAAAAAUCACCGGAUUCGCAAGUACAGUCAUCGAAAGUAUUAGGUUUAAUCCAAAAAAUCUUAUUGGUGAAAUUUCUUUAACCGUUCCAUUUACACGACUUUCAAUGGAAUAUGAUGUUAAGGGGCAACUUUUAAUUGUUCCUUUAAGAAGUAAAGGAUUUUUCCAAGGAAAUUUCACUGACACAACAUUUAAUAUGAAAAUGUCAUUAAAACGAAUCCAAAAAGAUGGCGAAGAUUACCUUCAAAUUGAAAAGCUCCUUCUUAAGAGUAAAGUAAGCGAUGGAAUCAUAAAAUUAACAUCUAAAAAUCCAGAUUUACAAUUUGCCGCUGAUUUAAUUGCAAACUUCUACAAUGAAAAUCCGCGUUUGGUUAUGGACGCAAUCAACCCAAUUUACGUACAAUACACAGCUGAUUUCUUUAGAAAUGAAUUUAAUAAAGGAUUGAUAAAUAUCCCAGCUAAAGAUUUACUUCCUGAGUAAACAAAUUUGAAGUGUAUUUUAUAUGUUUUAAUAUUAGACUUUUUAUUAGAAAUGGAGUUUGUGAUAAAAUUA